AUGCUGACACAGGAAAACACCAACACCGAUGUGGUGCCGGGACCGGGUCCCGAUGCCAGCCUGCUGCUCGUCGAUGACGAUGCGCCCUUUGUGCGCCGGCUCGGCCGCGCGAUGGAAAGCCGGGGCUUUGCCGUGGAAAUGGCCGAAUCGGUCGCCGAGGGGCUUGCCCGCGUUGAAGCCGCGCCGCCCGCCUAUGCGGUUGUCGACAUGCGGCUCGAGGAUGGCAACGGUCUCGAUGUCAUCAAGGCGCUGCACGCCAAGCGGCCCGAGGCCCGCGCGAUCGUCCUGACCGGCUAUGGCAACAUCGCGACCGCCGUCAAUGCCGUCAAACUGGGCGCGAUCGACUAUCUGGCCAAGCCCGCCGAUGCCGACGAUGUCUACAAUGCGCUGACCGUCGCGCCGGACGGCACCCCGCCGCCGCCGGAAAACCCGAUGUCGGCCGACCGGGUGCGGUGGGAGCAUAUCCAGCGCGUCUAUGAGAUACGGCGCGCCGGCUCAACAUGCAUCGCCGCACAUUGCAGCGCAUCCUCGCUAAGCGCGCGCCGCGCUGAUCACGGUCCGGCGAAGCCGCUCGGCGGCAAACCGCGCGAACCGCAGCGUGACCGCCUUGCGCCGCGCCGGCGCAAGCCUGUGCUCCGGGGCAUCGGCAACGAUGGCGGCGCCGUGCCCGUCGGCGCGGAUGAACCCGCAAUCGUCGGGAAAAAGAUGCUGCGGCACGUCGGGCAGCGUUGCAAAGAACAGACGGUCGCAAUAGUCCCGAUAUCCCGGCCAUUUGGCAUCGGCCAUCAUGUCCUCGGGCGAGGAUUUGAUCUCGACGAUGACGAUGCCGCCGUCGGGAGCCAGAGCGACAAGAUCGGCGCGGCGGCCGCUGGCCAGCGUCAUUUCCGGAACCGUCGCCAACCCCAUUUCCCGCAGCAGGAUCUGAACGCCCCGCCGCACCGUCAGGGCGCGCGCCGAUUGCCGGCCAUCGGCCAGCGGAUUAAUCGAUACGGCGGAAACAAGCGGCAUUUGAUCCCGUCACGGCGGACUAUGACGUUGCGUCAACUGUGGUGCGUCGGUGACACUGUGUGCCAAAGCGCACAGACCUGCAAGAUUACGGGGGGCCAUCCUUGCACGCGGUUCAAAGCUUCAUGUAACGUUGGAUUAACCAUGUGGGGCGAAAAAACCCCGGGGCUGUUGGGUUUGAGGGACAUCAUGCAAAGACGAGCUUUUCUGGGUGGAUUCGCCGCGAUCGCCGCAACCGGGCUUGCCGGCUGUUCGGCCACCAAUUCGAACUAUUUCGCCAAUGCCUAUGCGGGCAUGCCGGACGGCGAAUACACGCUGCCGAAAAUCCCGGUUUCGAAAGUGCCUGAGGAGUUCCGCCGCCAGGUCGUCGAUUACGAGACGCGGCAUCGGCCCGGCUCGAUCAUCGUCGACACGCCGAACCGGCAUCUUUAUCUUGUCCAGGAAGACGGCAAGGCGCUGCGCUACGGCAUCGGCGUGGGCCGCGACGGGUUCCGCUGGUCGGGCACGGCCAAGGUGGGCUGGAAGCGCCGCUGGCCGACAUGGACACCGCCGGCGGCGAUGAUCCGGCGCCAGCCGGAACUGGCAAAAUAUCGCGGCGGCAUGGAGCCUGGCCUGACCAAUCCGCUGGGCGCGCGCGCGCUUUAUCUGACGCGCGGCGGCCGCGACACCGGCUAUCGUCUGCACGGCACGCCGGAAUGGUGGUCGAUCGGCAACGCCGUCUCGUCGGGCUGCAUCCGCCUUAUGAACCAGGACAUUGUCGACCUUUACAACCGCGUCGAGCCCGGCGCGAAGGUUGUCGUCCUCCAGGGCUGA